CGAUCGAUGUCUGGGGCGUUGAAACAGACGACAAGUGUUAUGUAACAAAUACAUGUAUACACAUACCUGUGACCGUUUUUGCAGUCAGUAAUGUUAAAUAGUUAUCUCUCUCUCUCAUUUUAUAAAGAGUUUGCUAAUGCAAGUCUUUAAUCCUUUUCUCACUUUAAUAUUUGUGUUAUACUGCCACCAAUAUGUGAUGGAUACUGCCAGGGAUAAUCAGUUUUCGUUAAGUUAGUUUUGUUGUUUUACGGGUAAAGCGUGUGUCGAUUAUUGUACCAUAGUUUGGCGUGCUUUCUUUUGUUAAAAGUGUGGGUUAUCUGUACAUAACCCACACUUUUCUUCAAACCCCGCCCACAUUCUCGAAAGAAAAAAACAACAUCACUGUCCACUGUAUGAAGUUCCUCCAGAUGAAAAUUGCACAUAUCAAACACGGAUAACUGACUCGGACUAAGUUCUCCAAAUACAUUAUAGAUAUUCCCACUGAAUCUCACUUAAACCUUGAUACAAGAUAAUAUCGUCAAUGGUUUCGUCCCAAAGACUUUCUAUUUCCACAUUCUCCUAAAGUCGAGAAACACGUGUACGUAGAAAUACGGGUAGCAUUUAUAAAGAGUUUUAUAAAAGACCCAGUCACGUGAUAAGAACGCGUUUGAGAGAUAAACUUGUUUAGCGGACAGAGUGAAUCAGACUUGUGUUUCUUUUAUGGUUUCGCAUCUGACAAUUCUUAAUUUUUUCUCUCUUAUGUUUCACCAUUUUUUUUAAUCUAUUGUAUAUACAUGUAAAUGUUUUUUCAGUCAAUUUAGUCAAAAUAUGUAUUAGAAUGAAGGAUAUCAAAUUGGAUUUUCAAAAGAGUAACCACCAUCAUCAGUUGAAUAUAUUGCUAAAUUUUUAAACAGAAAAAAUGCAUGAAUAUGGGUUCUAAGAAUUUUAUUUGAAUUUUUAAAUUUCAAUUCUUAAAGCCAAUGCCGGUACUAAAAGUCGGAGAAUGUGUAAAUGUUAAAUAAAAAUAUCAAAACCAACAGUCCAAACAUUUAUAUGCACUUUAAAAACGGCUUUUUUAAAAACAAUUAAUGAACAUACAGUUUUCGGUGAUAGAAAGUCAUUAUGAUAGAAAUAUAUGGUGUACAAAGUGUAAUUUAAAUACAUAACAAUUGGCAUCAUAUUGUAAACAGGCGACCGCGCUUCCGAAAGCUAUAAAAAAAUAUAACGAAUAAUAGUAAACUACAUGUAUGAUACAAGUCACUUACCCCAUAUAAUAUUGUUGAUUAUGUGCCGAUACCCAAUGGGCGUGGUCAUAAUGACACUUGGGAGCUACGCUCCCUCGUGUCAUUAUGACCACACCCAUCGGGUAUCUGCUACAAGAUGGGCGUUGAAGCAGACAGGAAUUGUUAUGUAACAGAUAUACACAUACCUGUAACCGGUGUUUUUUUCAGUCAGUAAUGUUAAAUAGUUCUCCCUCUCUCUCAUUUUAUAAAGAGUUUGCUAAUGCAAGUCUUUAAUACUUUAAUAUUUGUGUUGUACAUGUUUUCUUAAAACAUUUGUACAAAUAAAUGGAUAGAAUUAAAUUCCUGAAAAAUAAUUUAUGAAGCUACCAAUAUGUGAUUGAUACUGACAGGAAUAAUCAGUUUUCGUUAAGUUAGUUUUUCUGUUUUACGGGUAAAGCGUAUUAAAUUCUAUAUACACAUGCAUCGUACGACGAUAGUACAUGUAUAUGGCAAUCUACGAUUGUAUUGAAUGUAUGGUUCACUGUGUAAAAUGAAAAGUUAAUAGCUUUUGAAAUAUGUGACAAGUCGGUCAUCUUCUAGCAUCCUCGUAAAAUUCACAUUAUCAAAGAGAUGGGCAGUCCUUCUCUCACUCGUGACAAAAGGACCGCCCAUCAAUUUGAUAAUGUGAAUAUUACUCGAUGCUAGAAGAUAACCAUUACAUAUCAACAUUAUUAUAUCGAUUUAUCAUGAUCGUUUCAAGAAAUCGUUCCAACGAUUCAUAAUGGAAACAAUCCAUAAACUGAUAAAGCAAUAUUAGCUCCAAAUCUGAAAAUUUUUAUUUGUAGUAAAAAUGUGCUAUUACAGUGUAUGAUAGCUUUGAACCAUGUAACCACAGAUAAAAUCAAGUUCUUAUCAAAAAUAUAUUCUAUUGAAUAUAUAAAAUUACCGGUAUAUAUAGAAAUCAAUUUUUGUUUGCGAAGACAAAAAUGUAAUUUUGCUUCAUUCAGAGCCUCUGAAUAAUUUUUUAACACCAAAAAUCAAUAACAAAAGUUUACAUACCUUAAUUUGUAUGGCAUUGAAAUAAAUCACAAUUUUUUAAACAUUUCCAUACCCCCCAAAAAUGACUGCUAACAUUGCUUUAAAUCUGUUGCACAAUUUGAUAAGAAACUGUUGAAAGACUUGAAAAAUUGUUGAAAUGAUUUAGCAAUUAAAAUCAUUAAGGAGUCAGGACUAACAAAUGAAAUAUAAAUCUUUAAUGCAAUUUGGUAUAUAGUAUUUAAAAAAUCUAGAGUACAAAAGCUCUUCAAAUUUAACUUCCUAAAUCAUUUCAGAGAUAAAUUAAUUUGAUCUAACAAUUACAAUUUGAUAUAGUCAAAUGUCACAAUGGAGCAUUUUGCUGUCGUAAGAUUCUGCAAGUUGUACUUUUCUUGUCAUAUCAAGUCCUUUGAUUAACAGAUAUUAGUAAACGUAUUCAUGAGUACUAAAGUUUUGGAGCGAUCAAUGAAGAUUUCAUCUUCGCUAGCCAAGGGUUUACGAUCUGCUCCGCUUCGGACUUAAAACAUGACGCCCAUGUGCACUAACUUCUGGAAAAUGUCUGGCAACUUCAUAAACUCAUGUAGUUUUUUUUUUUUUUUUGUUUAUAUAUAUAUAUAUAUAUAUAUAUAUAUAUAAUCUUAUACAUUGUUUUUAUACAGGCAAAAAAAAAAAAAAUCGUUUUCACUGAAUAGAAAAUGUCACUUUGCAGUGUCCUAUAAUUUUUAAAUUUAAAAUCAAAGAACACACUACAAUAACUGAAUGCUGUGAAAUUUAUCAGAGCUCUGAUACACUUUAUACAACGUAAACAAUGCAAGAAUGGAGUCAAAACUGAAAGUAGAAAAUUUCUCAUUUGUUCGCCUACAUGCCCACAUGUGCGUUUUCUCUCAGCCCACGUAAGUUAAUGCAUUGGCGGUUUAAUCUACACACAAUGAGAGUUACAGAAUAAUUAUCUUAAUUAGUAUAGUCAAACAAGUGGAAGCUCCGCCCAUCUUCUGGACACGAAAUCUAGAGUGGACUUGCUUCACUUGCCCAACAAUUCUGCGACAGACCAGUGUGUGAAUAUUCCUCUUGGUAUAAGUUGGCUUCUUUUAUUUUUAAACUUCUCCUGUUGCUGGAAGCCGACCUUCGAAGACAGCAACACAAGUUGGAGAAGCUCAAUAAACGUCAGGGUUAAAAGCAUGACAUGUCGCCAUGCUAAUACCUAGGAAAAGUGGCGGGAAACUGUCGAUCCCGAUCUCAUUAUAAUCAUAUGUCUCCGUUAAGAAAAAUGUAAACUUUUUUUUUUAUCCAAAGCUAUAGUAUGACAUUGUCACAUAUAUAUAUAUAUAUAUUAGAUGUCAAGUUUUGGGGUGUUUUUUUUUUUUAUUAUAUCAAAUUUUAAAUCGGGAUCGCAAAGCAUUUAUGAUCUCAAGGGAGGUAAUUUAAAGAUAGAAUGGCGGACGAUGGAGUUUUGUUUGCGAAAAUUUUACGUCAGUUUGCCAGAUCAUCAGCAACAAUCAACCCAUCACCCGAGGAUAAGAUUGCCAAGUUGAUUUCCCUAUGUCCAAAAGAGACAAAUGGUAAAUUGACCCUGGACCAGAGAGGACAAGAUGCGCUGAUCUCCCUUGGUAUAUUUUUGUUGGAAUCUAACCUUCAGAAAAAAGAAAGUAUUGCUCCAUAUUUGUUGAAAGUUCUGAGAUGCCUUCCAAAAUCACAGUGGACUGGAAAACAUAAACCAGGAAAAGGACAAACACUACCAAGAUGUGAGAACUUCAGUUUCUGUUUGAAUACUAUUUUGAGUGACUUGGCAUUCCAGGAUGACAGCUAUCGAGAGGAGGUUCUUAACACACAGCUUGAUUUUCUGGAGGAUUUGAUAAACAGGUGUGAGGAUAUACAAAAUUCCAAAGAAGACAAGCUGUCAUUGACCACUAUUCCGCUUCUGUUUGGAGUGAUUCGAGCCCUGGGAAGGUCCAGUGAUGGGAACAAACCUCUCAUAUCUCUGUUGUAUCCAUCAGAAUCUAUCAACAGGGAGCACAGAAACCCUACAAACAGUCAAGAGGAGGAGGAGGAUGAAGAUGAGAAAACCUUCACCUUUCGCUCCAUCCUUCCUCGCACCAUCUCCACCCAUCUCAUCUACUCGGAUCCUGUGUCCCCAGUCUCGCCCACUGGAGGGAAUGUACCCGAGUACCCUACCAUGAGGUUUCGGGAACGGUCUCCCUCACCCUUGGCUGUACAGGUUUCAGGAAAAACAAACCAAGAAGAAGAUGUUGAAUGCUCUACACACUAUUUCCGUAAAAUAGCUUCCAGUUUCACAUGUGUGAAGCCUUGGGGAUUCGAGAUAAUCCCAGAAAAAGACCACUUGGUGUUCUCAUCAUCACAGUUACAGCGACUUCUGUCUCUGACAAAAAAGCUUUUAAACAAGGAGGUUUUAUCAAAUGUCAACACGGCUUUAACCUGGAUGAUGAAUGUUGAGAAUGGAAAGAAGUACCACUGGUGGCCAUACAAGUCCUACAGCGAAGCAGUCACUCUGUCAGCAGUCACCAUGCUCAGAGAUAUACUGGAGCAGGAACAAGAUAUGCCAACCAGUUUCAUGACAGAGGUUCAUGAAUUUUCAAGGGCACUGUAUUCAUCUGGUCAGAAUGACCUAGACAAACACGGGAAAGGAACCAAGGAAAUGGAGAAGAAAACUGACUUCCAUACGUAUGAGAUGAUGGUUCUUAGCUGUGCGGCAUGCAUUGACCUGAUGUUCUGGGCUGUAAAGGAAGAGAGAGAGGCGGAGAGUUUGUGCCUGCGACUGACAGAAAAGAUCAGCACAAAUACAGAGAGAAAGUUACUGUUGUCACACACUCCAUUACUGCUGGUGGCUCUAGAGUCUCUUGGAAAAUUGGCCAACAAAUUCCCAAACUUAGCCUGGACCAUGUGCUGCACUUUAAGGGAUUUCCUUGUGAGUCCAUCCCCUAUUUUAAGUAAACUGAACAAAUAUGCUUCAAUGGACGGGAGAAGCAGCAUCAAGAUCACGGUCACAGACACAGGGAAAUCCCUUCGGACAGACAGCAGAAACAAUCCACAUAACAAAUUACUCAAGUCUUUGGAAAACAUCCGGGACAGUGCCAUCAUCAAUGCCUGCAGAGCAUUGAGGGCAUGUCUGGAGGUGGAUGAGGAUUGUGUCCAGGCGUUCAUGGCGUCCAUUUCCAAUCGCUUGUACCGAGCCGAAAUGUCCGACAGGAGCGGAAAAUCGGCGGAGGAAAGGUGGAACCAGUUGAAACUGGUUAUGAAAUUCAUUCGACCUUCGUCAUCAAACCUUGAACUGCAGGAUGUUGAGAGGGAGUCCAAUCUGAUUUCCACCAACACAAUCCUGACCUUGGGGCACGUGGCAGUGGCCCUGAAGGAGACCCCUAAGACUGUGGAAUCUGUCCUUCAGAUAUUUCAGCAGCGAUUCAGUUCCCCGCCCUCGCAGCUGGAUAUCCUAAUUGUUGACCAGCUGGGCUCCAUGAUCAUUGCAGGAUGUACAACUGUGUACAAUGAAGUCAUGAGGAUGUUUGUUCAGAUCAGCAUAGCAAGUAGCUCUCCUUACACUUCAGGAGAGAAGGAUGAGAAAAUCAAAGGCUACAGACAAGCUUCGCAUUCGGUGAUCAAUGCCCUUGCCAACAUUGCCUCCAAUGUCCAGGGAGAAGAGGACCAGAAUGAGUUGUUGGUCAGACUCCUUGAGCUUUUUGUGAACAUGGGGUUGGCUGCCAAGAGAGCGAGUGAGAAAAGCUCAGGAGCCAUGAAGGCCUCAGGAACAGCGGGAAACCUCGGUGUAUUGAUUCCUGUCAUUAGAGUGUUGAUCCGGCGGCUGUCAGUGAUUAAAGAUCCAAAGUCUCGUCUGUUGAAACUGUUCCGGGAUUUCUGGCAGUAUUGUGUUGUGUUUGGCUUCACUGUAGAAGACUCAGUGAUCUGGCCCAGGGAGUGGUAUGAAGGAGUGUGUGAGAUUGCGACUAAGUCACCGCUGUUACUAUCCAAGGAACAUCUGAGAUCUGAACUACAGUACAGUGUGGCCCUCAGAGACGACACUGUGGGACCGGCAGAACUUAAUGAGCUGAGAACCACAAUCUCAUCCUUACUGGAAAACUCCGACAUCUACAAGUUGGUGAUGAAUCUUUCAUUUGCCCAGUGCACCUACCUGUUGUCAGUUUACAAGUUAGAAACACUCAGACUGCAGCAUUCUACAGAACGAUCAGCGGUUCAUGGACUUUUCACUUAUCUAGAGGAUCCAACACUGUAUAAGGACAAAGCAGGGAUGUGGCAAUGUGUGAGUGCUGUGGCAGAUAAAGCUUUCGAGAAAUAUCUGGAUGUCACGGAUGGAAAGCCAAAGACAGAGGCUCGAGAUGCAGAGUUGGAGAGCCAUGUCCAGUUCCUCCUGGUUUGUUUUAACCAUAUCCACAAACGAAUCCGACGAGUGGCUGACAGAUACCUUACCAACAUGGUGGAGAGAUUUCCCCACAUUUUGUGGAGUGGUGCAAUGUUAAAAACAAUGUUGGAUUUGAUACAGCUUCUUUCACGUUCUUUACAAAUGGAUCCCAACCAGAAGGCUCCCGAGUUUCGGGUUCCAGAUACGACUUUUACGCUGAGAGUACCAGACAACUUGACAGACAGGGAGUGCACUGUGAAAGACUUUGCAGCCAGAAGCCAGCAGAUUCUCCAGGAAGCUAUGAAGUGGGCCCCAAACACAACUAGGUCACACCUGAUUGAGUACCUGUUGAAAAUGGAGAACACCACCCAGGGUCUGUUCCAACACAGUGGCCUGGCUCUAGCGACACAGAGUGUGCUUAGCUUUGCCGGAUACAAUGCCAGCUCAAAACCACUUGGGACAGCUACGCUUGAUAGAAGACCUAAAUGUGUUACAACUGACAGUUCCAGCUUCAUGGCCAACUUCAGCUUACGAAGUCGAUAUACAGGGGAGGUGUCUGGCAUGAAGUCACUAUGUUCUGAUCUUGAGCUAUCCAAGUUACUGUAUGACAAGCUAGAGGCAUCGCUAAAGAGUAAAGAGGAUGAGAAGAUCAUUCCCAGCAUGUUCAGAGUGUGUGCCUUCCUAGUUAGCUUACCAGAUAUAAACAAACAGUUGCUCCACUCGAUGUGCUGGGCCCCUGUUCGUAACUUUUCUAACAGAACAAUGGAGGCAGGUGUUGCAUGCUGGGAGUGGCUUUUAGCAGCUCGUCCUGAUUCCAGUAUUGAGUUCCUGUGUGAGAUGGCAGCAGCUUGGCAGUUAACUGUUGACAGUAAGAUGGGGAUAUUUGAGGAGGACAGAAAGAAACCUGACCCACUUGCCAAAGCAGAAAAUGAGGUUCUCAGUCCUGACCCCCCUUUUGCCAAACCUCACCAUAUUUGGACCAAGUUUUUGUUGGAGAGAGUGGAGGUGGCUCGUUACAGCAAUGAAGAUCAAGUCAACAUCCUCUCCAGUCUUCUCAGCAAGUCCUUGUCUAUCAGUGUCGGUAGAAGACCCCCACCUAUAUCCCGACACCCAGAGGCUAUAGGACCCAGGCUCAGAUUGCUAAGUAUGGGGUUACAGUUAUUACAAGGCUCCUUCCUUCCUAAUACUACCAGUAAAAGUGUACUGAGAGAGAGGAUAUAUGCUGCAGCCCUGGACUACUUUGCAGGUCCUUUGAUGUACCCCUCCCAGAGGGGAUCAGAGCUGAGAGAAGAUAUCAACACUAUGGUCAAAUUCUGGAGACUGCUGUUUACUGACAAAAAGUACAUAACUGUUGACAAAGCUGUACCAUUUGGAGCUGUUCCAGAUGAGACUCAGAAACAGGACACUUUGGGACUUUCGCAAUCAGGGGGAAUCCCCUCAGACUUGUUACAGGGCAAGUGGAUAAAUCUGACCAUGAACUCUGGAAUGUCAAACAACUCCAAAAGAUCUGCCAGUCUCGUCAGUGUUUUCGGAGAUACGCUGGUUCGCCGUGCUAAGAAGAGCCCAGGACAGAAUACUGCUUAUGUCAAGGAGUACGCAAGGAAGAGAACUCUCAUUUUACAUCUUUUGGCCAACCUGAUUGAUACCUUUAAUACGUGGCACAAUCCACUGGAGCUGACCGAGAACAAAAUCAAGGAUGAAGACAAGGUAGCAUUGUGGAGGUCUGCCCUUGUUUCAGAGAGGCAGUGGAGAGAUAUUGCCCGUAUUGCAUGGGACAUUUCACCUGUACUGGCUGUAUACCUGCCUUCCAGGUUGAAGACAUCGGAGACUCUGAGGAAAGAGGUGAUGCGACAGGUGAGGUUGAACCCAGGCGCAGUCCGACACAUUCCGGAGGCCAUUCACUUCCUGGUAUCUGCCCAGAGUGUGGAGGCCGAUUCACCAGAACUGAGCCACGUGUUGACAUGGUGUCAGGUGGCCCCCGGUGUGGCGUUGUCUUACUUCUCCAGGCAGUAUCCUCCCCACCCACUAACAGCGCAGUUUGCUGUCCGAGUUCUGAGGUCACACCCACCGGAGGCCCUCCUUUUCUACAUCCCUCAAAUAGUGCAGGCCCUGAGAUAUGACACGAUGGGAUAUGUGGCUGAUUUUGUUAUGUGGGCUGCUAAGACCUCUUCCCUGUUGGCUCAUCAGUUACUGUGGAACAUGCAGACCAACAUCUACAGAGAUGAAGAGGGCACAGUCAAGGACGAGGAUAUAGGAGAAGAAAUGGAAUUGCUGAUGACCAAGAUUAAGGAAUCCUUCUCUGGACCAGCCAGGAAAUUCUACGAGAGAGAAUUUGACUUCUUUGGAAAAAUUACAACCAUAUCUGGAACUAUAAAACCCUAUCCCAAAGGAGAUGAAAGAAAGAAUGCAUGUUUACGAGAAUUGAGGAAAAUUGAACUACAAAAAGGUUGCUAUUUGCCAUCCAACCCAGAAGCCAUUGUUACAGAGAUUGACAAGGACUCGGGCAUCCCAUUACAGAGCGCCGCUAAAGCCCCAUUUUUAGCUCGUUUCCGGGUCAAACGCUGUGGAGUUCAUGAUCUAGAAAUGCUAGGAAUGAGUGAAGAGGAAAAUUUAGGCCUCAGGAUGUCCUCGGAAAUUUGGCAGGCAGCCAUUUUUAAAGUUGGCGAUGACGUUAGACAGGACAUGCUGGCCCUGCAAGUGAUCUCAUUGUUUAAGAACAUAUUUGAACAGACAGGACUGGAAUUGUACCUAGUGCCCUACAGAGUAAUUGCCACUGCACCAGGGUGUGGUGUGAUUGAAUGUGUUCCCAACAGUAAAUCUAGAGAUGAAAUUGGCAAGAAGACGGAUAUUACGCUGUUUGACUACUUCCAGAAAACAUUCGGUGAUGAGGAUACACCAGAAUUCCAAACAGCACGUCGAAAUUUUGUGGUCAGUAUGGCAGCCUAUAGCGUUGUGGGGUUCCUUCUACAGAUAAAAGACAGACACAAUGGCAACCUAAUGAUUAACAACACAGGCCAUCUCAUACAUAUAGAUUUUGGUUUCAUGUUUGAGAGCUCCCCCGGUGGUAACCUGGGCUGGGAACCACAUUUCAAGCUGACUGAUGAGAUGGUUAAUAUAAUGGGUGGGACCAUGGAGGCACCCACUUUCCAGUGGUUUAUGGAGCUUUGUGUUCAAGGAUACCUGGCUGUCAGACCUUACCAAGAAACCAUUAUCACCCUGGUGUCUCUGAUGCUAGACACUGGUCUGCCAUGCUUCAGAGGACAGACCAUCAAACAACUGAGGGACAGGUUCCAGCCAAUGGCUACAGAGCAUGAGGCCGCCGAGUACAUGAAGAGGAUCAUCAAGGAAUGCUUCCUCAGCUGGAGGGCCAGGUCUUAUGAUUGGAUCCAGUUCUACCAACAGAAUAUCCCUUACUGAGAAGUCAACCCGUUGUAGCAGGGCAUUUACAGCUGUCUCACCGAGGAGCUUCAUAGGAACGAGGGGAACUUUUAUCUCAGCAUUACAUGAGAGAGACCUUUACACAUGAUUGUACAUGUAGAUAGGGGUUGCAGUAGAAUGAUGACCACAAAGUACAAGGGUACACUUAAAUUUGUUAUAGAACAUUCCAAUGGAUAGAUGUCACAAUUACUGUCUAUCACUAGACUAUUUAGUCACUUGAAUUGCUUUUCUUUUGUAAAUAUGUUUAUAUAAACAUUGAACUUUGUUUAUUAUGUUAAUGCAGUGCUAUACGCUUCACUUCAAUUAUUCAUAAAUUUAUUACACCUUCUGCAAAUGAAGUGGGGGGGGGGGGGGGGGGGGUAUUGGAAUCAGUCUGUCUGGUCUUUCAACACGGAUUUUGUCCACACAUGACAAGUUUAGUGUGUUGAUUUUUCUGAAAAUGCAUACACUCUUUGUUCACCAUAUAAAGAUGUGCACCUGAUAUUUUAAUCAUGAUUGGACAAUUUUUUUUCAUUUUAGUCGUUUUUUCCCCCAACUUAUUGUUCAAGAUUUCAUAACGACAUGUUCUCUCACAGAGACUAAUUUAGGAUGAAGUAUCAUGGAAUUGCAUUUUUAAGUCUGUCCACCUGUCUGUGGACAUGAUUUUCUAAGAGACUAGUGCUUAAAAUUUUUCUAACAAUUUGUACUUGUUACACCAUGAUUAUUUAUAAAUAUCUAGGUCAAAGGAAUUUAGGGUAUCCUGCAAGUUUUAUUCAGAUGAAACAAAUAAUCUCCUAAGAACUCCGGUCUUCAGCUAUACAUUUUAAAUAUACCCCAAUAUGGAUGAGCCCCAAGGAAGUUAUUAUAGUCCUAUUAAGACAGAUCUAGUUAGUGAUUUACAUCAUACUUUAAGGAGUUAUUUUAGGUUUGCACUUAACAAUGCCAGUUGAUGUUGAUAGUUUUUUUUAAUGUGAAAGUUAAUUUUAUUUAUUUUCUUGUAUAAUAUAUAUUGUACCUUCUGAAGUGCAAGUGAAGUCCCAUAACAAUCAGUGAGAGGACGAUUAUUUUAUUUUUUGAGUACUUGUGUGUGGUUUUAUGAUGCAGUUUUAUUUGAAAUAUAUCCUUGUUUCAUAAUUUUCAUAGGCAUGAAAUUCCAUGGUUUUGCCAAAAAUACAAUAACAAUGUACGUACACUGUAUUAUGUACAUUUUUAAACAGCUAACUUAUAUUUUUCCAUUGUCAUAAUUUCAUGAUCUUGCUCAGACCUCGAAAACAACAGAAAUCAAUGUUCAAUGCAAUGAAUGAUAAACUCUCAGUACACAACUUAUUAGUUAUUACAGUAAUAAAUUACCAAUGUAGUCAAUAAGAAUUUAAAUAAUGUAAGUUAUAGGGGACCAUACCUUCUUUUCUUUAGUACAUCAGAGUUAAAUGAUACAAAACUUCAAUGUUAUGAUCUGGUUUUACAUUUACCACUCUCGUUCUUGUUUUUUAUUGAUAAACAUUUGAACAGCUGUUUGAAAAAUAGAGUACUAUAUAAUCUACCAAUUCUUUUUGAAAACUUGAGAGAAAGUUGUUACUGUUUAUGUAAAACACAGAACUAAUGGCAAUAUUUCACCAACUUUCGUCAACUUGUUUUAAAGAAAUUAUCUUUACAACUGCUUUGAAUUUCUUCUUUGCAUUAAAGACAUAUAGUAAAAAUUAAAAGAAUUUUAAAUGUAAAAGAUGCACGUCACCAUAAAAUAAAAAGAAAUGAUGCCAAUUGUAUUUCCAGUCUGCAUAAUACAGUAUGAACUUGUACAUGCAUGUUAGUAUUUAUGUGAACAAUAUUUGUCUGUGAUAUUGGAAUAUUGUGCAAUAUUGCUUGUCUGUAGUGUUAAAAUAAAUAUUUAAAAUGCA